AUGGGGGGUCGGCGCCGGCGCGACCGAUCCCCGUCCUACAGCGACUACUACUACAGCGAUGAGAGCAGAAGCCCGUCACGCGAUAGGCGGCGACGCCGCAGGCGACGAGGCUCUCGCAAGCGGCGUGGCGGCGGCGGAAAGGGGACGAGCACUGUCGACAGGUUCAUUCGGGAGAACGAGCUCAGUGAAUCAGCGGCCGCACGCCUUCGUGGCGCAGCGCGUGAGGUGCGGGAUGCAUGCAUCGACCAAGGAUGGAACGUGAUCGAGAAUGCCCGCAAUGCCAGCGCAGUCGUGGUCUCACGGAUAAAGAAGAUCGAGGACUCUAUGAAAGGGGGCGGAGGAGGAGGUGGGGGGCGGGACCGCUCCCGCAGCCCUCCCCCGCGAUCCGGCGGCGGAGGAGGCGGAGGAGGAGGUGAUGUCCGAGAAGGAGACUGGCACUGCAAGAGCUGUGGCGCUCACAAUUUCGCCCGUCGCACAGAGUGCUUCAAGUGCGGUGCACCCCGCGGAAGCUCUCGCUCUCGCGGGCGCUCGCGGUCCCGGAGUCGAAGCUGA